GGCCCUGCGCAGCCCGCCGAACUCGGCGGCCACAAGCGGCCCGGCUCCGUAUCUGGAGGCGGCGGCGGCUCGGGAUCUGAACACGAGCCACGGGAGACGACCAAGGAGAAGCAGACCCAGGCGGCCCACCGAGGCCCCGCGGACAGCCUGGCAGCUGCCUCGGCAGCCGUCUCGGUGUCGGGAGCGGCAGAACUCGGCGGGGAGGGAGGAGGCAAGGGUCGGGGGCCAGGGGAACAAGACUGGGUGAACAAGCCCAAGACGGUGCGGGACACGCUACUGGCGCUGCACCAGCACGGCCACUCGGGGCCCUUCGAGAGCAAGUUCAAGAAAGAGCCAGCCCUGGCUCCUAGUAGGAUGCUGGGCUUCGAGGCUAACGGCGCCAACGGGGCCAAAGCAGUUGCCCGUGCAGCAAGGAAGAGGAAGCCUUCCCCAGAACCAGAAGGUGAAGUUGGUCCUCCCAAGAUCAAUGGAGAGGCACAGCCAUGGUUAACAACCCAAACAGAAGGGAUGAAAAUCCCCAUGACUCCCACGCCGUUUGUGUCUCCUCCACCACCCACUGUCUCACCUCAUUCCAACCGGACCACACCGCCAGAAGCGGCUCAGAAUGGCCAGUCCCCCAUGGCAGCUCUGAUCUUAGUAGCAGACAAUGCAGGGGGCAAUCAUGCCUCCAAAGAUGCCAACCAAGUUCACUCCACUACUAGGAGGAAUAGCAACAGUCCACCUUCUCCAUCCUCUAUGAACCAAAGAAGGCUGGGCCCCAGAGAAGUGGGGAACCAGGGGUCCAGCACGGGGGGACUGGAACCAGUACACCCAGCCAGCCUCCCGGACUCCUCUCUGACGGCCAGUGCCCCACUGUGUUGCACCCUGUGCCAUGAGCGUCUUGAGGACACCCACUUCGUGCAGUGCCCUUCGGUUCCUUCGCACAAGUUUUGCUUUCCUUGCUCCAGACAAAGCAUCAAACAGCAGGGAGCUAGUGGAGAGGUCUAUUGUCCCAGUGGGGAGAAAUGCCCUCUGGUGGGCUCCAAUGUCCCUUGGGCCUUUAUGCAGGGGGAAAUUGCGACCAUUCUUGCUGGAGAUGUGAAAGUGAAAAAAGAAAGAGACUCGUGACUUUUCCAGUUUCAGAAAAACCCAAUGAUCACCCUUAUCUAAAACUGCUUGAAUUGUGUAUAUAUCUCUCUAUAUAUAUAUCCAAGACAAGGGAAAUGUAGACUUCAUAAACAUGGCUGUAUAAUUUUGAUUUUUUUUGAAUACAUUGUGUUUCUAUAUUUUUUUUUUGACGACAAAAGGUAUGUACUUAUAGAGGCAUUUUCCUCUUUUGUUAACGUUAUUAGCAGAUCUUUGUGCUUUAUUAUCCUGGUGACAGUUACUGUUUAAUGUAGGCUGUGACUUGCGCUGCUUUUUUAGAGCACUUGGCAAACCAGAAAUGCUUCUAGCUGUAUUUGUAUGCACUUGUUUUAAAAAGAAAAAAAAGCCAAAUACAUUUUCUGACAUUGUAAGAUCGCCUUACUGUCUGUUAUUCCUUAUUCCUGGCCCCUUUCUUUAAUCAAAAAGGAGGCAGAAUGUUUGAGAAGGAAAGCAAAUGGAAGGGACAAGAUGAUUAAGUGGGGAUGUCACUAUAGGAAAUUACAAAGGGGUUCACAUCAAAACGUUGUUCUUGUAUAGUAAUUUUUAAAAAGUAGACCCAAAGUCUACUAAUUUCUCUCUACUUCUUAAAGUUCAAUUCUUGGGCUAUAGUAUGACUUGUCUGAGAGGCGCUGCUGAGUUAGGGAUUUCUGGGAUUGUAUUGCGUGAUGUGUGUGUGUGUUUUUUGUUGUUGUUGGGGUUUUGGGGUUUUUUUGUGUGGGGGGGUUGGUGUGUUUUUAAAGGCAAACUUGACCACUGUUCACGUGAUCAGUUGUAAGUUACAAAGCUGCAUGCUUUAGUUGAUUACAUAAUGUACAAUUUCAGUGAUGGAAGGCAAUUAUAAUUGAUUGUGGUGUAUACAGCAUGGCACUGCCAUCUUUGAAAAGAUCCUAGCUCUGCAGCGCCACUUAAUAUAUUUUUUCAAACAACGCCCUAGAAACUUGUUUUUGUUUUUUUCUUUUUUACUUUGAGAGAAGUCACAAGAGAAGUUGUAGUGUAGUGAACUUUGAAAUUAUUGGGAUGGGGGGGGAAAUCAUCAAUUACCUGUAGUAUUGUUGCUAUUGAUGCUAUCAUCUACAUCCUAUUUCCAGUUAGUGGUAAAUACAGUGUGGUACAAUGACAGCAGCAACUGAGGUUCUGCCAGAAUUGCCUCCAGGCAUAUCAGUGACAGCCCAAAUGUGGGUGGAGGAAACCUGUAAUUUCCUUCUUACAUGUGUUUGAAACACAAAGUGAAUAAAUAAUAUUGUUCUGAAAAGUGAUCAAAUAAAAUAGUGAAAAUGAAAGAAAUGAAGAAUUUUACCUAAGACAUGCCCCAUUUUAAAAACUAUUUUGGAUGCUCUUUGUAAAUUCAAUUUCUUUUGAUCAAAAUUUUGCAUCAUUAAUGAUUUUAAUUCCCCAGAACCAAUAAAUCAGUUACUAGAAA